GUUUAUAUGCCGCCUCCUCAGCACUAAGCAUUGUUGAUUCCGUCAUCUCCCAAACGUUAAAUCAGAAAUUCGCAGUCACGUCUCCGUUAGUGACCUUCCCCACCUUCCUUUCCACUCCCACUCGCUGCCGUUAUUCUCUCCGGUUGACUAUAAAGAACUUCCCACUCGCCGUUCCAUGGCUGCGCUAUCGCUCUCUUUCUCACCUACCUUCCUCCGCAGCAGUAGCACGAUCUCGUCGUCGGUGCGCUCACUCUGCGGACUGCCGCUCUCUAAGCUUUCAUUUCUCUCGGCCGAUCGCUCGCUCGCCGGAUUAGGUCUCGGAAAAGCGGAGACUUCGAGGAGAUUUCAGCUCAGGCGGACCAAGGCGUUCUCAACUGCCGGGAUGGCUGCUACUGCCGAGAAGAAGGUCGAGGUUUUCGACACGGAGGAGGAUCUCGCGGUUUCUCUUGCCAAGUACACCGCCGAUCUCUCGGAUAAGUUCGGUAAAGAGAGGGGCUCGUUCACGGUCGUCGUUUCCGGAGGUUCUCUCAUCAAGUCUCUCAGGAAAUUGCUGGAGCCGCCGUAUAUUGAUUCGAUAGAGUGGUCGAAGUGGCAUGUGUUUUGGGUAGACGAGCGAGUUGUUCCCAAGGAUCAUGACGACAGUAACUACAAGCUUGCAUUCGAUCUCUUUCUCUCUCAGGUGCCGAUUCUACCAGGCAAUGUUUACGCGAUCAACGAUGCAUUGUCUGCUGAGGGUGCAGCAGAUGACUACGAAACCUGCCUCAAACAUUUGGUGAACUCAGGGGUGAUAGCCAAGUCGGAAGCUAGUGGGUUUCCGAAGUUUGAUCUCCAGCUUCUGGGUAUGGGUCCGGAUGGGCACGUAGCAUCUCUAUUCCCCGGUCAUCCGCUUUGCAAGGAGAGCAAGAAAUGGGUCACUCACAUCUUGGAUUCGCCCAAGCCACCUCCAGAGAGGAUCACUUUCACAUUCCCCGUGAUAAACUCGUCUGCCAACAUCGCGCUAGUAGUGUGUGGAGGUGGCAAAGCUGAUGUGGUGCAGAGAGCAUUAGGUAACAGCGGGAAGAACGAGGAGCCACUGCCCUGUCAGCUAGUUUCGCCCGAAGGAGAGUUGAAAUGGUUUCUGGACAAAUCUGCUGCCUCAAAGCUUUAGAUCGAGCAAAGAAUGCCUGAAGCAAUAAGCUGCUUGAGAUCUUCCCCCAGAUCAGCUGUUUUCUGAUAGAAGCCUCACUGCCCACUGCCUUGGGGUUUUCCUUUUCUGUUGGGCAAAUAAAAUGGGAGUUGGAUAUUUAUGAACUGUUUGUAGAGUAACUGCGGGUACUACUUCUAGUUCUAGGCUUUUUAACUGCAGAUCUUCUGUACACUCUCUCCCCUGUAGAUUUCUCUGUAACCUUGUCAUGUUGAUCUUCAGCUGUCAAGACCUUGGACAAUGCAGAUCACCUCGGUGUCGACGAGGAUGCUUAAUGUAACAUAGUCGUCACAAAGUGGUUAUUUAUUUACAUCAAUUAGUAUUUAGUCCGCA